AUGUGGGGCCAAAGUGUCCCUAGCCAUCUGAAGCGUCUCUAUGGGUGCCAUGGUGCCUCGAAGGUGGUCCAAUGCCCUGCAGCAUUGCAAGAGCUUUUCGAGAUAUUCCCCGAGGAUCGCCCAGCGAUGCUGCAGGUGGCAGGUGAGCGUGGGGACUGGCGGCAGGUCCUGGCAUUGCAUGCGCAAUCUGUCGAUGAAACACCUUUCGAAGAGAAAGGUGAGCUGUACCGAAACACCGCCACAAAUUUGGUGAGCGCGCAACAGUGGAACAGGGCUUUGCGCCUGAUUGAAGAGUUUCGGGAACAGUGCUCCCCAUCACAAUUUUGGGAGAACCGAAUUGGUGGCCUCAUGCUCUCGGUGUAUUCGCGGUGGGGCUCUUGGCCUGAGAUUCUCCAAGUUCUCCAGGAAGGGCAAACCUACCCUGAUACGAUAACUGCCAGCGAUCGCUGUGAGGCAAUGCUGGCUCUCGCCCAACAGGAUUGGCAACGAGCAUUGGAGGUCAUGGAGAUGAGUAGAGGUUUUGGCGAGCGCGGCAAGGAAACAUACAUUGCUGGAAUGAAUGCUUGGGCUUCAGGGCGUCAUUGGGAAAAGGUUUUUGACAUGUUCCGCGAGAUUGAAGAGACUUUAAAGGACAAAGACGUCUUUGAAGGAGCCCUGUCGGCCUGCUACAAAUUGUGCCGAAGUGACGACAACCCAGCUCCAGUGGCUGCUGCAAUGUCUUUCCUGAUUCGUGAGAUGUGUGGACGGAGUAUGCCUCCAUCUGACCGGUAUCGAAACAUGGACACUCGGGCCGGAUAUCCCGAAGAUGCAUUGCGUCUUUUGCUCGAAGCGCAGGAGAUUCCAGAGGAUCCUUACAGCUUUGAGGAAGCACUGAAGGCAUGUGCCCAAUGUGGUGAAUGGCAAUGGUCUGCUACGGCGGUGAACAUGGUGAGCCUCUACAACAAAGUCAUCACAUCCUUUGCAAAGGAAGGUGAGUGGCGGAGAGCCUUGCAGCUCUUGCAUGAAAUGCCUGGAAAGCAGGUCGAGCUUGAUGUGCACUCCUACGGCUGUCAGGACAUUAAUCCCGACGUCUCGUCGUUCAAGACUGCGGUUGCCAAGCUCAGCUUUCUGUGCACUCAGCUGUUGCAGCUUGCAGAGGAAAGCCGCUCGGCCAAAAUUUGGGCAAGAGCGUCACUUGCCACAGUGCUCGCAGUCGCAGCGCCGCCAAGGAUGCAGCUCUUGCUAGAAGCUGCCAAACCUGGGCAAAAGCGGCGCCAGAAGCUGCUGUAG